UACAUAGCAGAAAAGAUAUUUUUAUAGAUAACAGUAGUGCCCAAUCAGAGAUUUCCCCCCAUACUCAUAGCCAUAACAGCAUCACGCAGCUGUUGAAGAGAAGGGUCAAUGUGUGGUCAUUUACAGAUGUGAUCAAAGUGUGAAUCACUGAGAUCACUCUUGUUUUCCUGAUGGAGGCUCCUGCACCUCAUAUAACCCGCCUGCUGGUUGGCUGGAGCACCAUCAUCCCAUCGUGGUGAAACAAACUCGCCGUGCUCCACAUCGAGGAGGAGGAGGAGGAGGAGGAGGAGGAGGGACGGAGCGCAUCGCCUCUGCUCGCUGCUUUCAUUUUGCGAAGUAAAAAGCGGCUGUUUGACAAUAGCUCGGGCGGCGGAGCGCAAAAACCAGGGGAGCCGUUGGAGGAGGAAGCGCAACGAUGACGGGCAAAUCUGUGAAAGACGUGGACAGAUACCAGGCUGUCCUCAACUCUCUGCUGGCGCUGGAGGAGAACAAAUUCUGCGCCGAUUGCGAAUCCAAAGGUCCAAGAUGGGCAUCGUGGAAUUUGGGCAUCUUCAUCUGCAUCCGCUGUGCUGGCAUCCAUCGAAACUUGGGGGUGCACAUCUCCAAGGUCAAGUCCGUCAACCUGGACCAGUGGACACAAGAGCAGGUCCAGUGUGUUCAAGAGAUGGGAAACGCCAAGGCCAAACGUCUUUACGAGGCUUUUUUACCUGAGUGCUUCCAGCGGCCCGAGACAGACCAGUCUGCAGAGAUAUUCAUCAGGGACAAGUAUGAUAAGAAGAAGUACAUGGAUAAGGUCAUUGACAUCCAGAUGCUGAGGAAAGAAAAGAGCUGUGACAACAUACCCAAGGAGCCAGUUGUAUUUGAGAAGAUGAAAUUGAAAAAAGACAUCAGCCCGAAGGCAGAUUCCCAGUCCGUUACAGAUCUGCUUGGACUAGAUGCCCCUGCUCCAAGCCCUGCGGUGUCUAAUGGAGGAGGAUGUGUUCCAGACAGUAAUGAGAGCCCAGCGGUGUCUCAUCCAGCUCUGGCACACUCUGGCCUGGAUCUCUUCAGCUCGCUCCCAGCCCCCUCCUCUGCUUCCUCCACUAAAACCACGCCUGUUUCUAACUCCAUGCCUCAGAGCAGAGUGACUGCCUCAGUGCCUGAGAAUCUCAGCUUGUUCCUGGAUCCAACACCCAAAACAGAAGAGGGCACCGUCAAGAAACUGUCCAAGGACUCUAUUCUCUCCCUGUACGCCUCCACCCCCUCAGUGCACGCCAGCAGUAUGGCUGCACAUGGCUUGUACAUGAACCAGAUGGGAUACCCGACACACCCGUAUGGUUCGUACCAUUCUUUAGCCCAAGCAGGUGGAAUGGGAGGCACCAUGAUGACAUCACAGAUGGCCAUGAUGGGACAGCAGCAGAGUGGCAUGAUGGGCGUUCAGCAAAACAGCAUGAUGGGAGUCCAGCAGAGCUGCAUGAUGGGACAGCAGAAUGGCUUAAUGGGUGCUCAGGGAGUCAUGGCUCAGCCUAGCGGUGUCAUGGCGUCACCCUACAUGACAGGAAUGCCCCAGGGUAUGAUGGGACAGCAGCAGAGUGGAAUGAUGGUACAGCAGCAGAAUGGCAUUAUGGGACAGCAGCAAGGCGGAAUGAUGGGACAACAGCAGGUCGGAGGUCUGGCCACAUUACCCCACCAGCAGGUUUACGGAGUGCAGCAGGCCCAGCAGCUGCAGUGGAACAUCACCCAGAUGACUCAGCACGUGGCCGGCAUGAAUCUCUACAACACCAAUGGCAUGAUGGGAUACAGCAAUCAACACAUGGGAGGUUCAACAACUCAGAGUUCAGCACACAUGACGGCGCACGUCUGGAAGUGAUCUCGUCCAUCCGGGAAGCGAUGGGGAAAACAGUCGCCGGAAUCUGUGGAUCUCCAUAAAACAUUUUCUAAUGCGAGGGAGGAGGAGGAGACAGGUGUGAAGAUGAAGAAGAAGAAGAAGGUUUGAGAAACCACUACUACCUCUCUUUCUCUCUCCUCUCUGCCCAUGCUUCCCCUUGCUGUCCCAUCCAUAGCCAUGCUCUGCAGAUUUCCAUGUUUGCCUUCAGGACAUUUUCGUAUAAAGACAACAGGGUUCAGAGGCUGCUGAUUAGGACUCCACAUCUUUCUUUGUAACGAGCCAUUAUUGGAGAGUGUGUUCGCGCACAUCUGCUGUAUGUGGGUGUCGAGUAGUCGGCUAUGUGUUUGGAGAAUUUUAUCAUUUUCCUCCUGCAGCGCUGAGGUUAGCUUUGUAUUAUUAGCUCAAAUACAUUAAUGACUACUAACCUUUAUUAAGACAAGACAUGAGAAUGAAGGAAAGACACCAGGUUUGAGGCUAAAUAGUUUAACGUUGUGUCAUUUUUAACCUUGCAUUACCGAUGUUUAUUAACAAAUGUUUACUCAGAAAUAGCUACAUUAUAGCAGGAUUCAUAUAAGCAAAGAUAUAACUACAACUCUUAAUGGCCAGCAUUCAAGAAUACAGGGGCUAAUAUUUUGAUGCCCUAAUGAUUAUAAGUGGACUAGCUACUUCAAAGUAUAUUUCCCCACGCUUGAAAGGAGUUGCUGCUAUUUUAUCCUAGAAUCAAUAUAUAUUGAAAUGUCCCCAUAUUUGGUUAGUCAGACAAGACAAUUAUAAAAUAAUUAACACAUUGGUACAGAGCUGUAUCUUGGAAAUGGCUCUGAAGUGACAUGGAGCGUUAAUGGACACUGAAAACAUUUAACCCUCGUGUUGUCCUGCGGAAAAUUGACACCUUUUAAAGUUUGAAAAUGUGGAAAAAAUAAAUAUUUUCUCAGUGAAUCUUCUGAUGUCCACAUUUUUAAGAUUUUUUGGAAAUCUCUGGACAUUUUUGGGGGGAAAAGAAGAAAUGUUAAAAAUGUUUCUUAAGAACAUUCACAAAAAAAAUCAACCAAAAUCCAGCGAAAUUCGCUGGAUUUUGGUUGAUUUUUUUUGUGAAUGUUCUUAAGAGAAUAUUAGAAGUUUUACUGAUAUAUAUGUCAUCACUUUAGAUAUUUUAGGAUUUUUUUUGGAAGAUUUUUACUCAUUUUUUGAAAAUAUUUACUAGAAUUUUCUUGCCAAAUUUGGGGGAAUUUUUUUAAUUAAAAGUUGUAAGGCUUUAUUGGAAUUUUCUUCCUGAAGGUUUUGCAAAUUUUCAGAAAUUUGUUGAAUUUUUUUGCUGAGUUUUUGGAUUUUUUUUUCCGUAAAUGAGGACAACAAGAGGGUUAAAUGAGAACAGCCUCAACUGACUCAAGUUUCACUGGAGCACAACUGGUGACAUGAAAACACAAUAAUCCACCCAGUCCUUGUUUAUUGGUAUCAAAUGACCCUGAAAGUUUCAACCAUUUUUGAUUGUCCCUCAGCUCUACAGUUUCUACAGAGCUCAGACCUGUGGGCCUACGAUGACAGCUGAUGGUAACCCGAGGCACAUUAGUUGAAAAGCAAUCCAAUAGGUCAUCAUUUCCUCAGAUGCUGGUAGUGCAUGAAGACUCUCUUGAGAACUCUUGCAGCCAACAACAGAACACUUGAAGUGUUUUACAACUUAAAAAAGAGCAACUUCUUCAUAGCUUACUAGGUUUUACUUUACACUUAAAAACGUGUAACCACAAAACUCAGUUUAAACAGAUAGUCACCAUAUCGGACCUUUAAUGCAUUUACCUGGCUUGGUGUUACAACGGAAAAUCUGUAAAGAACAAAAAUCCCUCGAAUACUUCGACUACAAUAUUUACAUGACAUUUAAACAAUAUUUAAAUUUUAAAAGUCCUUUUUAGUCACUGUAUCAGAAGUUAGAGCAGCAACAAAGCCUACUUACACGGCCCUUAAUUAUGACGUCUUCAUCUCGAGUCACAGAGGGCUUCUUUUAGAAUCAGUAAUCCUAACUUUUAAGUGUCAAAAGUCCUAAAACUGGAUUUUGGGAGACCAAAGAUCAACACUAGCUUUAUUCUGGUUGUACAGUAUUCCAGUAUGCUUUCCUGUAUAGCCACUUAACUAGUGAUUAUUUAGAGAAAACAAACCAAUUAAGCUGUCCAAGUGUGUAUUUGACAACACCUGCUCUUACGAUUCACUGUGCUAUUUCCUCAGCAAAGGUGUGACACUUAAAAAAGAAAAAAGUCACUUGCAUGCGAUGUCAACAUGUAAGCGCACCUCAAAGAUAAGAAUCUACCUUGUACAAUAGAGGCCUCGAUAACGUUGAAUGUCUGUAAAUAAGAGAGAAAUAGAGAGGAGGCAGAGCCGAAAAUCAAGGUACAGAUCAGUCAUGUUUCAGAAGCUUCCACUGAAUUGCAUGAAAAGAAUGUUUAUCUAGCUCUGAUUGUAUGUACUCCGUGUUUAUUCAGAUUUCAGAAUGUGUCUCUCUGAAUGUGUCUCUCUGCUGUACUUGUCAAUCAGUCUUUGACCAAGACCAACAAAAAAAAUCUCAAUGAAUGUGCGUCCUGACUGUCUUCAUGAUUGUACCGGACUCGUUUGGAAUUCGCACACUGGCUGCGAUGUUUUUGAUAUUCCUUGACUCCCUGUCAAGAGACGUACACUUGUGAGUCUGUUGAAUGUUCUGUGGUCAAAAGCGUCCGGUCGUUUUAAAUUUUUUUUGACAUUUGUAUUUUGGUAAAUUGUUGAAGUGAUCCAUUUUUUUUGCUAUAACUGUCUUAACAUCAAGGCAAGGUGCAAACUGUGACCAGGCUCAUUCUGGAGCGUUUACAAUUUGGCCAAACCACAUUGUGAUCCGAGAAGUGAUUGUACAACCACAAUCUGUCACCUCUGAAUGUUUCAGUUCUACACUUCUCCCACACAAAUCAUCUGUUUCUUUUCUAAAUCUGCUCUUUCUUCAAAAUGCAUGAAGCCAUUAGUGUAAAUAAGCUCAAUCUUUUUUCCUUUUUUUUUUCCUUCUUAAAACCGCUUUGGUGUUAAGUUGCUGCUUUUCAUGUGAGGGGUGUCACUGUAAAAGGUGUCGCAAACGGAGAAGUAAAUUACCAUUCUCCGGCAUAAUGAGGCACUUAUCAGCUGCUGUCAGUAAAAAAAACUAGCAGCGCUGCCUUCACCGCUCGGAAACUCGACGAUUCCUUACAGGUGUUUCCUUUAAAUUUAGCUCACUUGGUGGCAGUUCAGACAACGGCGUGACAGCAGCCGUCACUUUCUCUGCUGCGAGCAAUAUUAUCCUACAAGGAUGUGUCGUCUCUGCAAUGUAACAGCAGAUCUGCCACUUAUAAGGAGACGGUUUUUUUGGAAAGGCAGUAAGAAAUUAAAUAACUUCUGUGGGCGAUAAGGCGUCACCUGAGCUUUUCCACUCGUGCUUAACUUUUGGUUGCUUGUACUCACUUCCUUUUUUUGUCCGGUAUGUUUUCUGUGAAAUAAAAGCAAAUAAAGGAAUGUAUCUUUUUAUGUACUUGUCAAUCAAGAUAUUGCGUAUUUUAUUCUUUAUCAGAAUAUGUCCGUAUAUUAUGUUUCUUAAACAGGAUUGAUGAAGAUGUUCUGUAUGUUAGUUUUGCAUUUUUUUCACAUGCUUUGCCCCUUUUGAUUCCACGUCUACAUGACUUCAAUAAAAUUUAACGAUAUGUAUGUAACAUAUACUUAUCCCUGUGAAAACAUACUAAAUAAAUAUUGUUUUGAUUCAUUUCUA